UCUGGCAGUGAACGGCAAUCAUUUGCAUUGGAGCUUGGCCCACGAUCCAUCCCCCGUUAUGGACAAAUAUAUAAAUCAAUUACUCAGUUUUAGGAGAUUAACAUGGUCAGUCCAAGAAUGUGGUCAGCAUUGCACACCUUAUUAUGACUGUUUAAAAUUAGAAAAGAUCUUGAAUUGAUUGACAGGGUCAACAGUAGUUGCACGCCUCUAGCCUAUGUCUGAAUCCCAUAAACUCCUUCACCUUCUCUUAUUGUUUAUCUUCCAAUUCUAUUCUUAGAAUCUCAGAUAAACUUGCCAGCUCCAUCACCAAUUCUGCCUCUCAAAGAGACGCGCACGCCAACAUGAAACGCCCCCUUAACCUAAAAUUAAACAAAAGGAAACAAAUCUUUCCCACAAAGAAAAAGACUUGGGGAACAACAAAAUCUCUCCAACAGCGGCUCGUUUCUACCCGGAGCUACACCCCAUUUCCGGCUUGGAGAUGACCGUUGUUCGCUUUCUUGUUCUCCUCUUCCUCGUCGCACUUUCGCUCUGCAGCCUCUCAUUUUCCUUAUCAGAAGAUGAGGCUCUUCUCAAAUUUAAGAAUUCUUUAACUCGGGCCGAUGCCUUGAAUGAUUGGGUUUCAGGAUCCAACCCAUGUAUAAGUAGAUGGGUCGGUGCCAUUUGCUUUGAUGGUUUCGUCACAGGCCUCCAUCUUUCAGACUUAGGUCUCUCAGGAACAAUUGAUAUCGAAGCAUUACAACAGCUUCGUGGCCUUAGAACCAUCAGUUUUGUGAAUAAUUCUUUCUCGGGUCCGAUCCCUAAGUUCAAUAAACUUGGCGCAUUGAAAUCGCUCCUCUUAACCCACAAUGAAUUUUCUGGUGAAAUACCAAAUGAUUUCUUCACCCCUAUGUCAUCUUUAAAGAAAAUUUGGCUCUCUAAUAAUAAAUUCACAGGGAAAAUACCUGAGUCAUUGAUGCAACUAGCGCAUCUCAAAGAACUGCACCUUGAAUGGAACCAAUUCUCUGGACCAAUCCCACCAUCGAAACCACCCAAGCUACUAAUAGCCUCCCUGGACCUCUCACACAACAAGCUCGAAGGAGAAAUUCCCUCGAGCUUUUCCACAUUCGGUGCCUCUUCAUUUGCAGGAAAUGAUGGACUAUGUGGAAAACCACUUGACAAAGAUUGCUCUUUAAGCCCUCCAGCAAAAGGUGUAGCAGAAACUACCACUCCUUCAGGUGGUAAUUCCACAACCCUGGUUGGGAUGUUGAUGUUAGCAAUGAUAGCAGUUUUCAUUUUCUUCUCAAUGUGUCAUGGCGGGAAGAAUAAGGACGGUGAUUUCAGUAUGUUAGAGAAAGAGAACCUUGAUGAGGGGGUGCUGCCCGUGAGCGCACACGGCUCAAGCAAGAGGCUUUCGUCAGAGAAUAGUCGAAAAGGAAGUGUGUCUAGCCGAAGGCCAUCCCACCAAAGCAGGCCUGCUAUGGGAGAUUUGAUAAUGAUAAACGACGAAAAGGGUAGCUUUGGGUUGCCUGAUUUGAUGAAGGCAGCAGCAGAAGUUCUUGGAAAUGGCGGGUUGGGGUCUGCUUAUAAGGCCACGAUGACGAGUGGAUUGUCGGUAGUAGUAAAAAGGAUAAGGGAGAUGAAUAUGUUGGGAAGAGAUUUAUUUGAUGCUGAAAUGAGGCGGUUUGGGAGGAUAAGGCACAAAAACAUUUUGACUCCAUUGGCAUACCAUUUCAGGAAGGAGGAGAAGCUUAUGGUGUCAGAGCACAUGCCCAAAGGCAGCUUGUUGUACGUCUUGCAUGGUGAUCGUGGAAUUUGUCAUGCUGAACUCAAUUGGGCAACCCGUCUAAAGAUAAUCAAAGGAAUUGCAAGUGGAUUGGGUUUUCUGUAUUCGGAGUAUCCAACCUAUAACCUUCCCCAUGGGAAUCUGAAGUCCAGCAAUGUUCUUUUAAGUGAAACUUACGAGCCACUUCUGUGUGACUAUGCCCUCGAUCCACUAACCAAUCCCAACCAUUCUGCAGAGGCAAUGUUUGCGUAUAAAUCCCCUGAAUAUAUAGAAAAACGUCAGGUUUCUCCCAAGUCAGAUGUAUAUUGUUUCGGGAUCAUCAUUCUAGAAGUCGUCACUGGAAAAUUUCCUUCUCAGUAUCUUAGCAACAAUAUUAGCAACGCAAUGGGAGGGACAGAUGUUGUACAAUGGGUACUCCAAGCAACAUCGGAAGGGAAAGAGCAAGAAUUGAUCGAUCCUGAGAUAGCAAAAAAUAGCAGUAAAGAUUCAGUUGAUCAGAUGGUGCAACUGCUUCGAAUUGGGGCUACUUGCGUGGAAAGUAAUACAGCGCAACGGAUAGAGAUGAGCGAAGCAAUUAGGAGGAUAGAGGAAAUACAGGUUUGAGGAAUUUGAUCAUACGAUUAUAGGUUAAUGCAAGUUGCUUAAUUUGUUAGGUAAAGAACACGCGUUGAGGGAGGUUGUCAGCUUCCAAGUCCAUGCCUUCAUUCACAAUCAAACAUGGAUGACAAGCUCAAGAGAAAUUAAAGAUGAUAAGUUGAGGAAAGGGAUUCCUAGCAUUGCCUUUGCUUACCAUUUUCUCGAGAAAAAAUACACUAGAAUUUGUAAGACAAAUUUUGGUUGUGACUUGGCGGCCGCCCAACAUCUCCCAAAAAUGUACAUUAAAAGGAUUUAAGACAACACUUCUUCAUACAGAUUCAAUCACUCUGGAAUUAAUGGUUAGGACUUAGGGGGAAAAUUAUAGUCUCCGCCUUAAUGGCUAUUUUUUUUAAUUUUAUUUUAGAAUUUUUGGAAGGCAGUUUUCCUGUUGUAUAAAAACUUUUUUUCUUUUCCUGCUUUUCCUCCUCACCAUGUAAAUUUCAUAUUUGAUGUUGCAAGAAUUGACUCAAAGCUUUGGCUUUUAUUC